CUGUCAUGGCGGCUCCCAUCGCACUCAUCCAAGGGGCGAGCAGAGGACUGGGGCUUGCAUUUUGCAAACAUAUCCUGAAAACCAAAACCCCCGCUGCCGUAAUAGCGACAUGCAGAAACCCGGACGGAGCGGCCGAGCUGCGGGGUCUGGCCGGCCAACACCCGGGCAGGCUGACGGUCCUCAGGCUGGACGUGAACCGAGAGGAGGACAUCCGAGGAGCUGCGGACCAAGUUAAGGAGAGCUUCGGUCGGCUGGAUCUGAUCGUCAACUCGUCGGCGAUGCUCCAUCCGUCUGGAAAAGGAGAGACCAGCCUGAGAGAUGUUUCUGCUCAGGGCAUCAUUUCCACCUUGACGACCAACACAGUGGGUCCUCUGGUCAUGGCCAAGUACUUUGCCCCCCUCCUACAGAAGGGUGGAGGUGGUUUCGGUCAGCAGCCCACAGAGAAAGCCAAACAGCACAGCGGCAUCAUCGUCAACAUCACUGCCAAAGUGGGAUCCAUCGGCGACAAUGGUCUUGGUGGUUGGUACAGCUACAGAAUGUCUAAAGCAGCUCUCAACAUGGCGACCAGGAAUCUGUCUAUAGAGCUGGGCCGCAGUCGACCAAAGGUUGUGUGUGUGUCCCUACAUCCAGGAACGGUCAACACCGACCUCUCCCGGCCAUAUCACAGGAACGUGCCAAAAGACAGACUGUUCAGCUCUGAGCACUCUGUCAGCUGUCUAAUGGGCAUCAUAGAGGCACUGAAUUUUGACAAGACCGGGAAGGCGUACAACUGGGACGGGACUGAACUCCCUUGGUAGAAUCAAUGAAUGGACAAAGAGAGAUGAACUUUCACACCUGUAUUCUUGAGGCUCCUCUACUACCUCACAACCAGCCAAAAUGCUUAAAUACCCUCGAACACUUAUCAUGACAAUAAUAAUAUCAUCACAGAAAUAUCCUACGUGGCCUUAAGAUUUGACGCAAUUGUAAGUAUGCUCAUGAUCCAAGGUAGUUCGCAGAAGGCUCAUUUUGGUGUAAUAUCAUCCAUUGGGGGUUUUAUUUUAAAGGAAUACUUGGUCAUUUUGGGAGAUAACUUGCUUGGCUUAGUUUAGCAUAAAGACAUAAAAAGUUAGAAUGGCUGUAAUACUAGAUAAAUAAAUCUGACAACACUAUUAAAGCUCACUUAUUAACAUCACACCACGAUAGGUUAAUCUGUACAAAACCCCAACUUUUAAAACUUGUGGCGUUACAGGGCAUUAUGCGCAAGUCUGUUUCUUGGCCGGGGCCCAGAGACUUCUGCCUUAUCCUCAUUGUGAUGACAAAACUCGAAAUUGACUGGGCCUGGCUGAGACAUGCACAUAACCUCUUCCUCUGAAACCAAAACAUGUUGUUUUGGCGUCUUGCUUUUGAACAUCAAGCUGGUUCACCCUGUUUACCGUCUUUUUGCCAAGCUAAGCUAACGCCCUCCUGGCUGAAAUGAAAGUGGCACUGAUCAUCUAACUCCUAGCAAGAAAUCAAAUAAUAGCCUUUUACCCAGAAUGUCGCACUAAUCUUUCAAGUAAGGUGUAAACCAUUGAAAAUAUUCCUUGUUGUGUUACCGUAGCCAUACAAUAGUAUAAAAAGUAAUCAUCAUAAGACAGUUAAAUUGUGUAUCAAAGUAUUAAAACACCACAGAAAGAUUCAAUCACAGUCAGAGACUCGGAGGGUUAAAGGUGACAUUAAUUUAAUGCUCAGUUGGCUAUAACUAAUUGGCCGAGUAAUUACUGAACUUUAUCCUGUUAAGGGAUUUGUGUACAACAGUGACCUGAUUCUUACCUAGUCCAGGUUACCAGGUUAAUGUAUUACACUAGUGUUACAACAGUUUGUGAUAAUAGUGUAAUAGUCACUGUAACACUUUACAAUAAACAUUAGUAAAUAUAAAUAAACUAUGUCAUGUCAUUCAUGUCAUGUCAUGUCAUGUCAUGACAUGACAUGACAUGCUAUGUAAUCAUUAUUUUGAUCAAGGCUGCCCAAAGAGGGGACUGUGGGCCAAAGUUAGUUUGCUGUAACAUUUUACUUUACUUGGAGGUAUCUAAUGAAAAAGGAAUAAAAUAUAAAUAAAAUGGCUGUUUUUCCUGUACAUUUGUUUGUGUGAUUAAAGAAAGAAAAAAGAAAAAA